GCAUGUGUUACGCAUAUAUUUUAUCACGUUUUAAAUUUAGAAAAUUUGAUACUUUUAUAACACUAUUAGAUCAUGGAUCGGAAUAAAUCCAAAACACUUUUGAAAGUUUUGGAAUUUAUAGAAGCUACUACCCGAUUAUGGGGCAUUCUAACCAUGAUAGUUAUGUGGGGUGUUGGAACCGAUUUGACAAUGCACAAACAUGGACUAGGGGCAUAUUUAUUGUUCAUUGCAGUGCUUCUCACAAUUUUUGAGACUUCAUUUGCUAUAAAUAUCUAUUUGGAUUUAAUCAUAAAAGAUGAGAAGAAUUUGUGCUAUCAAUUUUGGCAACGUGUUCAGUGGCUGGACAUGUGGAAAAAGACAGUUUUAUAUUUUUUUCUUUCCAUUUUUUGCUUCAUGAAUCCUCAUGAAUUGUGGUUAGCUACAAUCGGGGGGAGCAUGUUGAUAGUGCUGGCCUUAUUAUAUCUUAUAUUUACUUAUAAAAUUCAUUUAAGUGAACAGGAAACCAUGAUGUUUGAUAAAGAAUGCUCAUAUGAUAGGUUUGAAGAUCUUCAAGAUGAAAUUGAUGACAGCCUUCCCUCCCCAAACUGUGGCAAUGUUGGUGAUCAAGACACUAUUCUGCGUGUUUGAAUAAUUUGUUAUGCCUUUUAUUCUACAAGCCAAAGAACAGAUGGAUUCUGUUAUAUUCAGCAUGCUUCUACUGCUGCAUUUUGUACUGUGGACAGCUGCUCGAUUCUUUGCUGCCUUCUGUAGAAAUCAUCCAGUAUUCAUCCAUUCAUAGUUAUUAUUUUUCUGAAAGGUUUGUUUCUGAAAAUAUUAUUAUUGUUGUAUAUCGACUUGUUAUUAAUUUUGUCACCGGUGAUUUUCAACUAGCUAACUAUAUUAGGCUUGGUAUAUUUAUUUUUAUUAUGAAAAGUUGCUGAUAUAAUUUGGAUAUGUUGUAUGUGAUUACUCAGUUAUUGGAGCUUAAAGUUCAGUAUUAAAUUCAUCAU